UCAAUUCUGUAGUUUAAGAUUUAGGUUAAAAUGUUACGUCAGUUAUUUUUUGUUACUUCUAUCGCUGUGGUCGCUCUAGCGAAUUCUCAGCGAAAGUUAUCACUUGACUUCCCAACUCCUUUGCUUGGCAACACAAGUCCUGGUAGUGUGUGGCCUCAACCUGAGUCCCAUGUAUCUACAGCAGAGACAUUCCCAGUUGCAGUUGAAUCGUUCAUGUUUACUUAUGCAUCAAAGUCCUAUAAAUGUGACUUGGUGUAUGAAGCAUUUAAACGAUAUGGUGCCAUCAUUAUUAACAGUGCUGGAGACCAAAAGCUCAGAUUCAGGCCACUGACCACACCAAUGCUCACUGGUUUGGAAGUUAACUUGAUGGCUCCAUGUGAAGAUUAUCCUUCCUUAGACAUGGAUGAAUCAUAUGCCCUUGAUAUUAACAGCAUGGCUGUUGCAACAUUAACAGCAAAAUCAGUUUGGGGAAUAUUAAGAGGAAUGGAAUCAUUUUCGCAACUUUUGUGGGAGUCCGAUUCAGGACAGAUAGUUGCAAACAAGACAAACAUAAUCGACAAACCAAGAUACGCCCAUCGUGGAAUAUUACUCGAUACUUCAAGACAUUACCAACCUGUUAAUGUGAUACUUGAAAAUAUUGAUGGCAUGGCUUAUAACAAGAUCAAUGUAUUUCAUUGGCAUAUUGUGGAUGACCAGUCAUUCCCAUACGUCAGUACUGUGUAUCCUGAUCUUAGUGCAAAGGGAGCAUACAACCCAAUCACACAUAUCUACACAAUCGAAGAUGUGGCAGAAGUAAUUGAAUAUGCUCGUUUACGAGGCAUUCGUGUUGUGCCUGAGUUUGACACACCAGGACACACAACAUCUAUGGGCAAAGGACAACCAGGACUUCUAACAGAAUGCUACACAGGAAGCAACCCAAAUGGAAACUAUGGUCCCAUCAACCCUACAGUGAACACCACAUAUACUUUCAUACAGAACUUAUUCACUGAAGUAAAAUCAUCAUUUAAAGAUGCUUACAUUCAUCUUGGUGGUGAUGAAGUCAGCUUUAGUUGCUGGCAAUCCAACCCUGCCAUUAACAACUGGAUGAAGUCACACAACAUGACAGGGGAUUAUAAGAAGUUGGAGCAAGUCUACAUACAACAAGUGCUUGAUAUCAGUGCUGCCAUUGGUUACAGCUACAUUGUGUGGCAGGAAGUGGUGGAUAAUGGUGUCAAGGUAAAAGCUGACACAGUAGUUGAGGUGUGGAUAAACAACCAUCCUGAUAAUGAGCUUGCUAAAGUAACAGCAUUGGGAUACAGAGCCCUUCUUGCUGCUCCAUGGUAUCUUGAUUACAUAUCUACUGGGGAAGAUUGGAAGAGAUAUUAUUCAUAUGAACCAUCUAAUUUUAAUGGGACUGCUGAACAAAAGAAAUUGUUGAUUGGCGGUGAAGCUUGUUUAUGGGGUGAAUAUGUGGAUGGGUCAAAUGUUACUCCAAGAUUAUGGCCACGAGCAAGUGCAGUAGCUGAGAGAUUGUGGAGUCCGGAGACGGUGAAUGAUGUGGAUGCUGCUACUCCAAGACUUCACCAACAUCGAUGUAGGAUGGUUCAGAGGGGAAUACCCGCUGAACCCCUUCACCCAGGCUACUGCAAGCACGAGUGGAGAAACUAAACAUUACAUGGAACAAACCAAGCAUCAAUAUAUCAAACAUUAUUUGAAAAAUUACUCAUUCUAUAAUGUGCAGUUUAAUGUUAUAUGUGCCAUUUUUAAAUACUUGGCCUGUAUAAACAUGAUCGAAAAAGUUUAACCGAUUAUUACAAUGUUAUAAAGUUCUGCCGUUUUAAACAUGGUGUUUAAUUGACAAGUUAUGAUAUCUUUAGUUUAACUGUUUUUGAUUGCCACUUUUGUGAUUUCCAUAUGCACAAAUCGGCUAUGCACUUGUGAUAUUAGAUCGUUUUGCUCUAGUUGCAUAAUUGUACAUUUCAUUCCAUAUUACGUACAUAAUCUUUCAUAUGCUUAAAAUCCAUGAAAUUUAUGAUCAAUUCACUGACUUCUAGUGAAAUGAAUAAAGUUGUAUGAUCAGUA